AUGUUCCCAGCUACGCGCGUAAUUUACUUCUUCCUGUCCGUGGUACUCCUCGCCCAUGGAAUCUCCUGCUGGUCAGACGAAGGGCACAUGCUCGUAAGUGCCGUUGCAUAUGAAGGGCUCACUGAUGAAGAAAAGUAUGUGCUAGACAAAAUUUUUAAAAACUACAAAGAAGACAAAGAUUUCAAUGACCCAGUAACUGGAGCAGUAUGGCCUGACCACAUAAAGUCAAUUGAUUACCACUACCCUGAUAUUAAGGUUAGACGAAUAGGAGGGAUCGACUUAAUGAACAAAUGGCACUACACAAGCAGGCCAUACAACCCAACGAAUAUUCCCCUGAAUGUGUACGAUGAGAAAUUUUACCAAAAAACGGAUAACGCAUUAAGUAUAUUGAAGAGCAUAUUUACUUCAUUAAAAAAUAUUAACAAAAAAGAAAAUCAUGGGAGUUUCUUUUCCUACAAUUUUAACUUAAGAUAUUUUAUUCACAUUUUCGGGGAUGUACAUGAACCAUUACACGUGAUCGACUUUUAUAAUAAAAAUUUUCCCGAAGGAGAUAGCGGAGGAACGCAAAUAAAUAUAAAGUAUAAUAAUAAGGUGGAAAAGUUGCAUUACUUAUGUGAUUGCAUUUUCCAUACGAGGAGUAGAAAAUGGCCCACGUCGGGAAAGAAAGAAAUGCUGGAAGAAGCAAAGGCCUUAAUAAAGAUGUACCCCCCUGAAUACUUUGAAGGAAGAUUAAAAAAUGAUUUAAAUGAUUUAGAAUAUCUAGAUUUUAUCAUUAGUGAUAGUUACACCAAAGCGGUGGAGAGCAUUUAUUCCAACUUCCCCCAUGAUACCCUUAAUAAGGAAACUCCCUACACUUUAGACAAUUCUGCUGUCAAUAGUUUGAAGAAAAUGUUGAAUGAGCAGAUAGCUCUAGGGGGAUAUCGCUUAAGGAGGUACUUAAAAAUUAUGAUUGAAAAUGUGCCCGAGGAUCUUGUGAAGGUGCGUAAGUACUUUAAAUAG